CUCUCCCUCCUCCUUCGGUUCUAUAGUGACGUAUUUCCGGUUAACUGUCAAACUCUUCGGGCUGUCACUCAGUCGACGGGACAGACUGGGACUAAAAAGCAGCAGAAAGAGGCUGAAAUCGUCCCUGUACUGAAGACAUCCAAGAACCAUGUCGUUUAUAUUUGGCUGGAUCUACAGAAGUUUCAGCAGCGUCUUACAGUUGUUAGGUUUGUACAAAAAGACUGGUAAACUCGUGUUUCUCGGACUGGACAAUGCUGGGAAAACGACGCUGCUGCACAUGCUCAGAGACGACCGGCUUGGGCAACACGUGCCAACACUGCAUCCAACCUCAGAAGAGUUGACCAUAGCUGGAAUGACUUUUACAACAUUUGACCUCGGCGGCCACACACAAGCACGAAGGAUCUGGAAGAACUACCUUCCGGCCAUAAAUGGUAUAGUUUACCUGGUGGACUGUGCCGAUCUUGAACGACUGGCUGAGGCUAAGACUGAACUGGAUGCGUUGUUAACAGAUGAAACCAUCUCCAACGUGCCAGUCCUCAUCCUGGGGAAUAAAAUCGACCGUCCAGAAGCCAUCAGUGAAGAUGGUCUCAGGUGCAUGUUUGGUCUUCAUGGACACACAACUGGGAAGGGAAAAGUAUCCCUGAAGGAGCAGAAUUUGAGGCCGAUGGAGGUUUUUAUGUGCAGCGUGCUGAAGAGACAAGGAUAUGGAGAAGGUUUCCGCUGGCUUUCACAAUACAUCGACUGAACGACCCUCUGUUUACGACAAUGUUUACCUGAUUUUUAUUAUGAAUGUGUGCUUCUACAAAACAUAUUACACAUACAAAGAGAACAGUAAGCACAGGACUAACACUGGUUCGCUCUGGACAUUGUGUGCCUGUGGUUUUGUUUGUGCCACAAAUCACAUUAUCAUCAUUUGAUUAAUUAUCAUCUGGUGAUUCUCAGACUGCAUUGACUUUUAUUCCUGCUCUGGUUUCUAUCUCCGAGUAGAGCCAGCAGAAUAUUCUGCUUGACAUAUAGAACACGUCGUCACUUUGAACUCCCUUCUGACCCGUUUUUAUUUUUAGGUGCUGGGGUUGACUUACAGUGAAGGUCAUUUGGGUUAACAUUCUGCUGGAGAUGUUACUCUUCCUGGAUUUAGAAUGACACAAAAAUCUGCCACUGACAAAACUCCUUUAUGUCUAUUUAUUUUAUUUCAGACUAACAGGAAUACACUUACAAUACUCUCAGUACAUUUUCUGAACACUAGGUUUUGUGUAUGGUUCUACACUGGGUAUGUUUUUUUAUAACAGCCUGCUCCCUCUGAGGCUGACAUAUUUUGCUGGCUGCAUGUGAUUUUAUUUUAUUUUUACAUAAUCUAUAAGGGUUUUUCCAUUAGAGGUCAAUGCUGUGUGCAAAUGUGACAUCAACUGAAUUAUCAAACGUGUCUUUGUUCAGUGUUAACAGGCUAAACCUGCUUUUUGAUGGUUAUGUGUCAAACGUCCUGACCUGCUGUAAGUACUUUGUGAUUGGACACUGCUCACAGUAUGCAGUGAUUUUAUGAGAGUACUUUGGGUCUGGGUCAAAAAUAGGUUGCGCACAAAUAUGCAUGAAAUAGGGCUGGGCAAUAAAUCAGUGGAGAUAUUUAUAACUUCAAGGUAAAGUUAAUUUUGAUUCACAAAAUCAAUUGAAUUGUUUUGGUUUAUUUGUUACAAUCAUUUCAGACAUGUGUCCAACCCUUGAAUGAAAAUGAUCUGAUAGUGCAAUACCUAGUAUGUGUUUAUAUAUAUGUAUAUAAAUACAUAUAUACUGUAUAUACACACAUACAUAUAUAUUUAAGCUGUUAUUUAUACGAUAUUAUUUCUAAAUGAUGUGACCAGCCUUGUUACAACAGGCAUUUGUUUUUUGCUGUACAACUAUUUAAAACAGGAUGGGGUGGUUUAAAGUGUGAUGUUUAAACAUAAUAAAUAUUUUAUCAAAUAUAAAA